AUGGCCUCUCAGGCAGCACAUCUCCGAGGCGACGAGUACUCGUCCCGCCUACCCACCCCUCCGCGUAUCGUCGUACCGCCGCCAACAGCAAACAUCAACCUGGCCCCCGAGUUCAAUCUGCAUCCUAUCGCCCAGUCCGGUCCGCUCUCAGCCGUCAACUAUGACAAGAUGGUAACAGGGAGCCUCCUGGACUGGAGUUACGAGCGUCGUCGUCAAGCACAGCAAAUCCUCCCCUUCCUCUACCUGGGUCCAAUGAGCGCAGUCAAGGAUCGCGACUUCUUGCGGAAUGAGGCCAUCACACUUCUCAUGGCCGUCCGCCAGCGCCACUCCUUUGAGAGCAAGAUCAUGCAGGCUGCUUUGAACGUCGCCGACGACAUCAACAUCCAGAAAAAGGCUCUUGACAUGUCCAGCCCUUACGAACUCGUCUCGUCAUUCUCUCGCGCCGCCAUUGUCAUCAACGACCACAUGAACUCUGUUCCAAACGCAAAGGUCCUUGUCUUCUGUGAGAGUGGAAACGAACGUUCUGCUGCUGUCGUCGCUGCCUAUCUCAUGGACAUCUUGGCCGAUGUUGACCACAUCAAGGCCAUGCAGAUUGUCCAAGCCCAACGUUUCUGCGUUAACUUCGACGACAACGUCAAGCGCUUGCUUCAAGGCUACUGGGAUAUCUUGCAAGCCCGUCGUGCUACCGCCAAUCUGAGUACCAGUGGCAAGCCAAAACGACUUCUCGAGAGAGACAUGGACAACGAUGGCAUGGACCUUGAUGAGUCUGGUGACGAUGGCGAAAGGUUCGAAAGCAGAACCUUUGCUCCCUUUGUGGACACUGCUUGA